UUAGCAAUUUGGGUUAAUUUCUCAUAAAUUUACGUGAAUGUGUGUUCACUAAUUAGCCAUACACUAGUGCCAGUGUCGGCAAAUCUAAUAAACAUAUUUACCAUUCGGUGAUCCAUUAAAAGUUCGCCGAAAUCAGCAUGGCGGGAGUAGAGCAGCCGUGCUACACUCUCAUCAACUUCCCAACAGAUUCAGAGCCCUACAAUGAAUUACAGCUUAAACAUGAUUUGGAAAAAGGUGACAUAAAAAAGAAGACAGAAGCCUUAAAAAAGGCAAUUAGCAUCAUCCUCUCUGGAGACAAAAUCCCUGGGCUUCUUAUGAUCAUAAUUCGCUUUGUGCUGCCGUUGCAAGAUCAUACAAUUAAGAAACUGCUGCUUAUCUUUUGGGAAAUUGUCCCCAAGACUACGCCUGAUGGAAAGCUGAUGCAGGAGAUGAUCCUAGUUUGCGAUGCUUACAGGAAGGAUCUGCAACACCCCAAUGAGUUUCUUCGUGGGUCAACCUUGCGGUUCCUCUGUAAGUUGAAGGAGCCGGAAUUGCUGGAGCCUUUAAUGCCCGCAAUUCGUGCCUGUCUUGAGCACCGUCACUCUUAUGUGAGAAGAAAUGCUGUGCUUGCCAUUUUUACUAUCUAUCGCAACUUUGAGUUCCUAAUUCCGGACGCGCCAGAGCUAAUCGCGAACUUCCUGGAACAAGAGCAGGACAUGUCGUGCAAGCGAAACGCUUUCCUCAUGCUACUACACGCAGAGCAAGAGCGUGCCCUCUCCUAUCUCUCGGCCCGGCUUGAUCAAGUCCAUGGUUUUGGGGAUAUCUUGCAACUUGUUAUUGUUGAACUAAUUUACAAGGUUUGCCACGCGAACCCUAGCGAACGGUCUCGCUUCAUCCGCACCGUGUAUGGACUGCUGAAUGCGCCAUCGGCCGCUGUGCGGUACGAGGCCGCGGGCACGCUCGUCACACUAUCGAACGCGCCCGCUGCAAUCAAAGCAGCUGCAGCUUGCUACAUCGAUUUAAUAGUAAAGGAAAGCGAUAACAAUGUGAAGCUGAUAGUAGUCGGGCGACUAGCUGCGUUACGCGAAGAAGGUGGCGAGGCGGCUACAAGAGCGCUGCCCGAUUUGGCCAUGGAUGUUCUUAGAGUGCUAGCGUCCUCCGACUUGGACGUGCGCAAGCGCACAUUACAAUUGGCUUUGGAACUGGUGACAUCGUCACACGCGGAACAGCUGGUGCAGGUGCUGCGCAAGGAGGCAGCGCGUGCGCAUGGCGCCGACCACGACGACGCCGCCAAGUACCGCCAGCUUCUCGUCCGGGCACUGCAUAAGGCCGCACACAAGUUUCCCGAAGUAGCAGGCAGCGUGGCUCCAGCUCUACUAGAACUCCUCGGAGACGGAAGUGAGCCGGCGGCUGCUGACGUCAUGCUGUUCCUCAGAUCUGCGCUACAUACCUUCGUCGAUCUUCGAGAUCAGAUAUACCAGCGCCUGCUGGAGGCAGUGUCAGGCAUUCGCGUGGGCAAAGUGGCUCGUUCGGCGUUGUGGCUACUGGCCGAAUUCGCCGACAGCCCUGCGCGUGCGCAGGCCGCCUUGAAUGCGCUGCAGGCAGUCAUCCCCGAUCUCAGCGGCAACAGUGACGAGGACAAGGAGGAAAAAGAAGCAGCGAAACCUGAUACGUCAGCACCACGUCAGCUGGUCACCAGUGAUGGAACAUACGCCACCCAGUCGGCGUUCAACCUGCCGCCUCCGGGAACGACGCAGGCCAGUUCGGGUCCGGCGCUGUGGCAGGCCCUGCGCGAGGGCGAGAGCUUCACGGCGGCCUGCGCCUGCUCGUGUCUCGCCAAGCUAGCACUCAAGCUGCCCACCACGCGGGACAGUACCAAGGCGCUUCAUUUAGCCGCUGCACUGCUGGCCUACCACAAGCAGAAUGCUGCUGCCAACACUCAAAGCGGCUUAACAGCCGACGAUAUAGAACACGCAUCAAUCUGCCUUCUCGCCGCUGCAGCCAAACCUGCUGUCAUCAGCUCGGCACUUCUCGGUGGCUCUCGUGAUGCCCUUGCUGCUUUAUUACAACUACCUGACCGUCAAUUGCUUGAUGAUAUCGAUAAGGAUCGUGAAUCGAAGCGCACAGAGCGCAAGGUGGAGAUCGAGACGGGCAUCCAGUUCGCAGCGCUGGCCGGCGGCGGCGCCGCCGUCUCUCAUCACGAUAUCUUUGAAUUGUCACUUUCUAAAGCUUUACAAGGUCGCGGUAGCGGAUCUGGCGAGGACCGCGGAAAGCUGUCGAAGGUGACGCAACUGACAGGUUUCUCCGAUCCCGUGUACGCCGAAGCCAUCGUGGCCGUCAAUCAGUAUGAUAUUGUCCUCGAUGUACUUGUCGUGAACCAGACCGAUGAUACACUCCAAAACUGCACAGUAGAGCUAGCGACACUCGGUGAUUUGCGUCUGGUGGAACGACCCGCCGCCGUGGUACUGGCGCCGAGGGACUUUGCAACAAUUAAGGCUCAUGUUAAAGUAGCCUCUACGGAGAACGGCAUUAUCUUUGGUAACAUCGUGUACGAGGUCUCGGGUGCGGGCUUGGACCGUGGCGUCGUGGUUCUGAACGACAUUCACAUAGACAUCGUCGACUACAUCCAGCCAGCCCACUGUGUCGACACUGAUUUCAGACAAAUGUGGGCGGAAUUCGAAUGGGAGAACAAGGUGUCGGUGAACACGAAUAUCACAGAUCUACGAGAGUACCUUGAUCAUCUAUUAGCUUCUACCAAUAUGAAAUGCCUUACGCCGGAUAAGGCAUUGUCAGGGCAAUGUGGGUUCAUGGCGGCGAACCUGUAUGCGCGAUCGAUCUUCGGCGAGGAUGCCCUGGCCAACCUCAGCAUCGAGACCCCAUUGCACAAGCCUGGUGCACCUGUCGUGGGACAUGUGCGCAUACGCGCCAAGAGUCAGGGCAUGGCGCUGAGUUUGGGCGACAAAAUCAACAUGAUGCACAAGGCGCCACAACCGAAGCCAAGUAAUCCCAUUCCCGCCGCGUGAGCCGCUGAAUAUUAUACUAUCAUUUUAACUACGCAAAUAUCGCGCGUCUCGUCAGUCACAUCGUCGCUUAACAUCAGGUGAGAUUGUGGCCAAGCGUGUGUCUAUUAUAUAUUAAAAAAAAUAUAUAUGAAAUUCAUUAGCCAACAAUGUGCGAGAACUUAUAAAUUAAAAGAAAAAUGUAUAAUAAAUUAUGUUUUAAUUUUAGUAUAUCUAUAACUUGACAAUACUGCAAAUUGAAAAUGGCCGAUAAAAGCGAGUUUUAAAUAUGUCUUAUCGCUGAAACCUUCCAUAAUUUUAAAUAUUCGAUUAUGUAAUUCAUUAUUUGCAACAAUAUACAUAUUUGCGUAGUAAUUAUUAGUAAUUAUUAAUAUAUUAGACGUAAUAAAAUGUCGUUUGUGCAUUAU